AACCCACCAUUGAUUCCAAACCAUAGUCAUCAUGGAACCUUCUCCGAUUCCUCGGCACAUGCCCUUCUCUCCACACCCACAAGAGUUGCUCACACGUUCCUCUCGUGUGCUGAUUCCCCUUUAUCAAGUCAGCAUUUCCCAUUCUGCUGUUUGCAUCUAUCUCCACUCAGAUUCGGCGUUUUCUUCUUUGCCUACUCAGAUCUUUCACCAAGCUUCUGAAAUUCAUUUCUUCUCUGAAAAAACGGAAGUGACAGAGGUCAUGUCGACGGAUUGGGGUCCCGUGCUGGUGGUGACGGUGCUGUUUGUGCUGCUGAGUCCAGGCUUGCUGUUUCAUAUUCCUGCUAAGGGCAGGGUGGUUGAGUUCGGCAACAUGAAUACUAGUAACGCCUCUAUCCUCGUGCACGUUAUCAUCUAUUUCGGUCUCAUAACCAUUUUCCUCAUUGCCAUAGGAGUUCAUAUAUACGCUUCUAAUUGAUCUUAUCCCUUUAUUUUUUUCGAUUUUAUGUUGGAUCUGUAACAUUAAUCUGUAUUGAUCCUAAAUCAUAUAUGUUUAUGCUUGAAUAUCAGUCUCGGAUUUUCUGAACAAUCAUAUAUGUUUCAAAACUAGAUCUUGCAAAAUUGGCAAAACAUGCAUAAAAGUAAUUUGAUUGA